AGAAGAAGACAACGAAGAAGAAGAAUUUGUCCGGUGGUGUCGACGUCCGUCUGAGGUCCGUUGUUCGUUUUAUUUUCAAGCUGUCACCGAUUUAAAAGACGUUCAUUAACCAGCACAGUUUCACCUAAGGACUCAGACCCAGUCUUUGUAUUAACUUUUUUGUAAACGGAACGGUGAGGAAUCACUAGAUAUCUUGUGGACGGCGUCCUUGCUGCCAUCAUUCUCAAACCAUAAUGAUCACCAGAAGAAGAGGCCGCUCCAUGAACAGCACAGAGGUGCGUUCUCUGGAGGUUGAAGUGGAAACUGACAAAGAUCUCCCAUGUAUUUCUGAGGGGUUUCCGGCCGACGACAUUGACACAGCUGGAAUAGAGCUAGAGGACCUUUUUGGAAUCGAAGACUUAAAAUGGACACUUGAAAGAGAUCCUGCCUCCCCGCUCUUCGAUCUUGAGUUGGCUGAUCUUGGUGUGUGUAGUGCCAAGGAUCAAGAUUCAGGGAACGAAGCUUCGACAGCCUCCUCUCCAGAGAGACGGUCGUCUGACUUGAAGAUCAGGAACAGAGAAAACCAGUCGGGCCACGUGAGCAACAAAAAUGCCAUUGCUGCCAGAUUGAAUCGUCUCAAGAAGAAAGAAUAUGUUAACAGCUUGGAGAAGAAAGUUGGCAUCCUGUCAACAGAAAACAACAUGCUCAAACAGGAAAACUCUCAGCUGACGAAGAGAGUGGACGAGUUGGAAGAUGAGACCAGGUACCUGAGAGCUGUGCUGGCCAAUGAGAGCAUGUUAGGCCAGCUCUUGUCCAGGUUGAGCGGUGUGAAUGGGAUGAAAUUAUCUUCCUCGCUUUUCCAGGGCCCCGACUCAAACGACCACGACUACGCCUUACCCAGGAAGCGUGUGAAAGUGGAGGAGAAAGAGACAUCUGGUGGCGUGUGUCUGCAUGUGGACAAGAACCACGUCUCAGUGGAGUUCUGCACCAAGUGUGCAGAGAGUGCAAGCACAUCACUCAAAAUUUUCUUCUAGGUAAUGGUUGAUCCACCAUGCGGGAUGAGUGGCUUUCUGAACACCUUUGCCUGCUUGACUCCAUGUGGAUUCUGCUGGUGGAAGGUGAAGAGACUGGACAAGCAGCUGCCAACGCGGCCUGGUAUUUUUUUAAAGGUAGUAUCGGUAACAAAUGGUAUACGGUGAUUACAUUUUACCAAUACUCCACAACACCUGUAGCUGUAGAUCUUGUCAGCGUAGCUCAUCCCGCAUUUUUGGGGGACUGACAACAGCUGCUUCAUCACUUGGAGCAAAUGCUACCCAAGGCUUAAUAGUCUCAUGAUUAUGUCUUGUAUAUAUAUUGGAAUGUGUUGAGUAAAUACAUUUUGAUCAAGUGUAACAACAUGUAAAUGUGUAUAUAACUUUGAAUACGUAUUGUUUGAAGUAAAAGACCUUUGAGAAAUGUUGGACAAAUAAAUCAUAUUUUCGUUACAUUUGAGUUACAAAUAUCUACUGUGUCUUGCUCUGUACUGUUGAUAUUAAUGCAUCUCUUUUUCUCUUUCUAAACAGCAAGCUCUCUGCCGAUAAAGGUCUUACUUUUCCUGAACAUUUGGGUCAAGUCUGGUAAAGGUUGUCAAAACAAAAGACCAAAGUCCUCAUUUGAUGGAAGUUCAAAGCACGCAGUAUGACAGGGUCCACAGGGAUUAAUCAUUCUGCACAAGUUUUAGCCCACUUACUUCAAAUCAUGGAUACUAGUGAUGGACAAGGCAGUUCUUUUCAGUGUACUGAAUCAUAUGGAUCAGUUCAUUAAAAAGUUUCCUUCAGAGUUGUUCAGUGGGAGACCGGAGCUCUGACUGCGUCGUCCCGCUCGCAGACCUGAAACACAGCUGAACAUUCAGUUCAGCUCGCUAACUACAACUGAGACAGUCGUUCUUAAUGCAGAAGCAAGUGAGCUGAUGAUUUGGUUGGAUAAACAAACCGUUUAAAGACUUAAAGCUGCUAGAACAAAGGCCUACCCUGCUAUGUACUACACGUAUUUACGCGAAAUAAAAUAUUUGGUCGUAAUUAAACACAUGAAAGGUGUGCGGCUUGAGCGACUCGGUGACUGUCAAACACAGGGCUCGUGGAUUAUCAAACGUAACCUAGCUCUUCUUAAAUUAAUUUGAAAAUCUGAGAACAGGUGCAGCAAUUGACUUUAUGUAAUCUGAUACUAUUCUCUCCUGUCACAGCUAGGUCUCAGGCAUGCAACACAACAAAGCAACUUACUUUUCAGAGUAUUUUGUUUGUACGGCCUCUGGUGUUUUGGAGAGUACUGCAACGAACAAUGCUUGGGCUUGUGCAUGCUUGUAGCUUGUGUGCCACAUGUGGAGGCCCACGCCACCGUGUGUUGUGCGAGUAUUAACGAAGCUUUACUGUGGUUUGUGACCAGCACACCUCCAACACAUGAUCAGAAUAAACAACUUUACCUUGCUGUGUAGUGGAAAAUGCACCGUACCAGAGAUGCUCGACUGCUCAGCGCUUUUUCAAUGUUUAAUUAGACUUAAAGGAGCAAUGUGUACUAACCUGUCGAAUUCAGGCGGCAGCAUGUCACCAGACAGGUGGGGUGUCCACUUCUGUUGUAAGAAGCAAGGAAAUGCAUAGGUCUUUCAACAAAUGGCUAUUCUUUAAUAAGCUAUCGCUAAAUAGCCAAUGUUAAUGUCUGUUUAACGUUACUUACCAGUCUUGAAGAAACUUUGCGAAUUCAGCAUUAAACUUCAAGGUCUCCAGUGGUGGAAAGCAACGCCAAUAUUUAGCUUUUAUCUUGACUUCUUUCUUUGCCACGGAACGCAGUUUCUUUCUCUUAAUUCUUACAUAUAGCUCACUCCACUGAGUUGACUGAAUGUGGUCUGGCAUCAUGACAUGAAACAGCAGUUUGUUGGGUGAAAAGUCGAACAAUACAAUGAGCGCUCUGGGGGGCUAACGAGUGAAUAACCAAUGAGUGCCAUGGACAGGACUAGCGAUGAUACCAAGGUGGAGUGAUUACAAUGACCACUAUAGACCAGAUAGACGCUUCAGUCGAGGCUGUUCUAAAUCGAUAUUUUUAAUGUAUGUUUGUUUUUACGUCGCUCUGCUCCACUUUUAACAUCCUGGCAAAUGCAUCAGUGUCGACUUAAAAUGACUGAAAUGAAAUGAAUUUCAGGCUGAAACGUCAGGAGACAUUUCUGUCUGAUAGCCAAAGUUCCCGAGCCUGACAGAAUGAUGAGAUCCCCUCUGAGAUUCCUUCUGAACACGACGGCACAAUGAUGCAGCUUAAGUUGAAUACAAUACAGCAGUAAAAAAAAUAAAUAAAGACCACUUGUUGCUAGGAGAAACAAAACCCGAUCUUUGUGUGUUUUGUGAAAUUGACAGCUGCACUGUAACUGAUGUUUGACUUGAAGUACAUGGGCUAAAACCUGCUGAAAACAGUGUGAUCCUUAAAGGGAGACAGAAAUUCAGCAGUCAGGUGCUCUUAACAACAAAGGUUAGAGGAAACAUCAUCAUGAAAUGUCAUCAGCAACCUUACUGCUUGAGAAAAAUUUUAUGAAGAUUAGAUGAUGUCCAUUUCACUGCUAAGUUAAAGGUGUGUUAUGGGAGAAAUCCAGUACCAUGAUACAAAGAGAACAACACAAAACAAGGCAAUAAUUAAUGUAACUAAUGUUAGCUAAGCCAUGGGUUAGCAUACUGUUGUUACAGUUGAUGCUGCCGAGCUAACACGCAGAGAGGAUGAUACACAGAGUGUCUGUUGGCCAGUCCUUUAAUGUUACCUGACACAAAUCAUGGCUGGAAUAGCGUUGUGUGACGGGGCUCAGCUAGCGGACCGUGAGGAGAGAUUCACUGAAUAUGACAAAAGACUUGAAUUGGAUUAGAAUCCUUACCUCACCUUUAAUACCCAGGGUCUUUAUUCAGUUUGCAGCAAUCUGGCACAUUUAAAAAAAUACUGAGUAUCCGUGUGCAUUUUAAGAUGCCAGUCAGCUGACUGUGACCCAUAAUGGUUUAAAUCCAGUACUACAGUAAUUUAUAAAUUAAUUGACUUUAAGCAAAUUUACAGUGAUUUUUACAGUGCACAUUAUACAUGGAAUGCUUUUACGGAGUAUGAUUUUUAUGUUUAGAUAGUAUCUAAAAUAACAGGUCCAGGUAGAGAGCUCUGGAAUCACAAAAAUAUGUCAUUAUACAGUGGACAGGGUGUAAUUAAAAAAUACACCAUGGACUUCAGAUCUCUUCAUUUAUAUAAUAGCCUAUCAUAUGGGUAUAUAUUUAAUAAAGUAAUCUGACAGACA